AGGAACUGAUUUACAGAAAGUUUAAGUAACAUAUUCUGUGGUAGCAUAUGUUAUAUAAAAUUGUAUUGGUCAGCCAAAAUCAGUUACUCCUGGCCUGUCUUUUACACUUUUCUGUUUCUUCUAACCUCUGCUCUUUCCGCAAAGACACACACACCUUGGUUCCAUUAUGGACAAAACACCACCACUGGUGUUUUUUUAUUUUUUGAGCUGGGCUCAAGUGCACUAAAGAAACGACCAGCAUGAACAACAAGAAGCAGACAACUGUGAUGCAAUAAAGAUAUAGAAAAACAAGCAAAAGCAACUGCAGAAAUGAAGAAACAGCUCUCUAACCUCUCUCUGCUUCACCCUGUCCCAGCUUGCCUAUGAAGAGCAGAUGGCCUUGGGGUUCUGGGCGAACUCUCCAGGGAGAGAAGCCCAAGACAAGCUGGGAAUUCCAGGUGCUUGCAUAGGUGUUGUUGAUGAAGCAAACAAGCGACAGUAGUUCUCUGGACUUCUACUGUAAUUAUCUUGCGAAGAAGAGAAGUGGCGAAGAGAGAGCCCCUGUGUGUGGAGCAGUGCUCGGAUGAGCUGCUGGAGGAGAGGCGCUCAGCAGAAACACAGCCCAUGCUGCCUCCCCCAGCCCUCAAGCUCGGGACCCAGCAGCGCCUUUUGCACGCUGCAGAGAGCGCGUUCAAACUAGUCAUUGCCGCGGCAAUGUGCUUCGGAAACGGGCAGAAGACCAGCCGUGGAUAACCAGCCACCAGCCCUCUGACGGGGCCGGCCAGGGUGUGUGUCUGCAGGCGCCCGAGCGAUGCAGGCUCGCCAGCGGGCUCUGCCGGCCUGGAUGGUGAGGAGGAGAGAGGAGAGGGAGGCAGGAUCGACAGAGACCAGGGCUCCUUCCCCGCAGAGGGGCAAAAGGAAGAGAGCUGAGAGGGUCACGGUAUACUGCAUGAACGAGGCUGAGCUGGUGAAGACGGCCAUGGAUUUCCUGGCUGGGAGGAGGGGCCCAGCAACGGUGGGAAAGGCGCCUGAGGAGAGCACAACAGGAAGCUGUAAGAAAGAACAGAGAAACUGGGUUUCAGACUCGGACCUGGAGGAGGAGGAGGACCUGGCAGACUCAGAACCAAGCGACAGGUCUCAUGUGUCUGAAUCGGACCUGGAUGGGGUUGCAGAGGAAGAAACCAUUCCCAUUAUAGGCAGUGGAGGAUGCCAAGCAGAAGAUAAAAAGAGGGCCCGAAUGACAGACACACAGCUGGUCACAGAGGGCCAGAGGGAUGCGGAGCAGAUGGGCCAGCCAGCCCCUGGGGAGACGACGCAGCCAGGCGAGAACAGUCCGGGAGGUGAUUCUGAAGACGAUGCUCUCAGGCUCGUGCGAGAAAUCUUCUUCACACGACCUUUACUUGGGGAAACCGAUCAAAGUCCUUUGUAAACGUCCACUGUGAUAGCCCCGCUGGGACAGGGCCCCGCUGGGUGGAUCUGUUUUGAUCCUGCAGGUCAAAGAACAUAGAAAACUGUAAGCAUGCAGAAAAAUGUCCCUGCGAUUCAAAAUGUCUGUUAUUUAAAUGCUGUUUUAAUGCAUGUGGCCACCAACUACUUGGAGGUUUUUGGUGAGUCUGUUACUUACUGCUACCUCUCUCUGCGCUGUGGUGACCACCCCGAGCCGUGCGAUUCUAAUGUUGCUCUGAGCCUUAAAGCCAAGGCCCUAGGACAGAGAGAAUGUUUGUCCAUUUUCUGACCACUUUUCCACUUUAGGCAGCCUAUCUUGCCAGCAACAGGUGCAGACAGACACACCCUCACACCAGGACCAGUUUUCCCAGAACCCAGUUAACCUUCCAGUAUGUGUUUGGACUGUGAGAGGCAACCAGAGCCCCAGAGGUCUUCCAGGUUCCAUGUCUGGAUCAACCCAGGGCCACAGCACUGCGAAGCAGCAAUGCUAAACACUGUGCCUUCUAUUAGCGCUCUAAUGUCCUAGCGUGAGCACCUCCAGGCAUAGUGGAACUGUGCCAGAUCCCUGCAGCUCUUUCACCUGUGGUGUAAACACAAGCCUGCUGUGUAAUUCCGCUCAAGGUUUGUGGCAGGCCCUGGAUGGUGCACAUGGAGCACACCUGUCUGAAGAGCAAUGUGUUUGCUUCUGCUUUGUUUUCUUGCUGGGUGUUUGAUCACAGUGCGUCUCUUCACGUCCAGGGUAUUCUCUUCAGUACGGCUGUUUUGGUUGUGCGUCUUAUUUCCUUUAAUGCAGCAAUAAAAGGAAAAAGAAUAGAGCAGUUAACAGCACAUGAUACAGGAGAAGGAAAAGAACAGCAGAUGGAUCAAACAGGAAAGAGGAGACUUUGGUGGCAGCUUGUUAGUGAUUGAUUCAGGAAUCAGGUUUUUGAAUGGCAAAGCACUGUAUCUGUGGGCUUUGUGAGAGAAGACAUCGCUGUUACUUUGAAUGAUCACAGGACACCCAGGGAUGCUCUGUUCUGGCCAGAUUUAAAUACUGUACAGGUAUAAUACAAAGUGUGGUUGAUCAUGUGCAGUAGUAUUUUAUUAAACGUUUUGUCAACUGUAAA